AAGAAAUGAUUAACAGCAUCCAGGAAAUAUUUGAUAAGUAUGGCAGACAGUACAAGGAAGGAAUUGGCACCAUUGAUGGCAAACUGGCAACACCUAGUGGCUUUAAUAGUCAGAAAUAUCAUGAUUUGUCCAGAGGCUACUCUGAAGGCAGAAUCCAGAACGCAAAACGGGCUUAUAUGGACAAAUUAGUGCAACCUAAGUAUUAUCCAAGCAUGAGAAAUAAAAAUGAUUCAAGUCAGAUUCAUCAUCUUAGAAAUACCGAAAUGGAAAGGCCAAGCUCAGUCGGUCCAAAGAAUAUUAGCAAAGGGAAUGAUUACAGACCUCUUAGAAGGAAGGAUUGCCAUGGGAAAAAUAAAUCACCAAUGGUUAAUAGAUCAAGGGUUCCAGUCUACCAGCCGAGAUGUUUCAUUCAAAGUUCUACUCUCAGUCCUGUUAGAGAUCCUCGAGAGACUUUUGAAGUGGAGUUUAUUGAGAAAACAGAACCUACCUUGGUAAAACCGGAGGACGAGCGGUUGAAAGAGAUCAUUGAACGGAGUCUUAAGCAUAAAAAGAAAAAUUCCAAAGAUUUCAAAUAUGUUCCAUUGAGCGAAAUGAAAUCACCAAGUUUCGGGACAUCUGAUGUAAAGAAUACUCCUAAAGCUGCACCUGAGAACAUCAUCAAAAACCCUGAUUUCUCAAACAACAAGGAUGGAAUGAGCUAUAUCCAAAGGCGAGACCAGAUGCUGAAGGAUGACCUGGCUCAUAUUGAGGAUAGUGACAAGAGAGAGUUAUUUAAAUCGCCUGAUUUUGAUUUCAAAAAUAGCCCCUUCCAGCUGAAAGAUCCCCAUAUUAAGACUGAGAAAUACCCUGGAAUCUUUGACCAGAAUUUGGAAGAAAACGAGGAAACUUUGAAGAGGAAACAGCAAGAAAUGGAAUGCACUUUUGAAGAAGAAAACAAUCAAAAUGAAAAUUCUAAAGAAGAAAGUAAGAGUCAACAGAAAGUAGAGGAAGAAGACCAGAUUGCAAACGACAUGCCACUAAGGAAAUCUGAACUUGAUGUAGGAGAGCAUGAAGGUGAAGAGUCAAGUCAGGAGAGAGGAGUCGUAUUUAGCUCAAAUGCUGGCAUAGAGGAAGAGAAAUAUAUUGAUGAAGAAACUAAAUCUGCUGAUAAUGACGAGAAUGUUAGAUUUGCAGAUCAUGAUACAGCUCAGGAAACGAAACAGGAAAAUGAUGAAAAGGCUUUUGAAAUGUUAGAAAACUCUAAUCCGACCAUUUUGCAUAUGAGGUCAUACAGCUCACCUAAAGAAAAUUUACAAAAAACAAUAAAGCCUUACCCAAACCAAAAGCCGAUUCUAGACCAGCACAAAACCUCCAAAACACCUAAAAAGCUCAUCCAAAGACGAAAAUCAUCAAAACUCCAGAAACCUUCUCAAAUCCUUCAAAUCACACAAGAAACCCAAACCCCUCCCGACCCCCAAAUCCCCUCUCUCCAAUCCAAAAUCACAUCUCUCCAAUUAGAAAUCACCUCCCUCAAAUCCGCUCUCAACACUCAAAAAGACCUCAACUCCCAACUACAAAACUCCAUUCUAGACUCCAUCAAAACCUCCCCAAAACCUUCCCAAGCCCAGACUGACUUACUCUCCAAACAAGCCUUAGCCAACACCCAAGCUAUCCUAGACCCCAUAAUACAAAACCUUACAUCUCAAAACCUCCAAUCCAUCAAGGAGUUACAGAGGAAAUUUGAUGAAGAAAUGGUGAAGAAGACGGGAAUGUUGAUGGAUUCUUGUGAAGAGAAAUCGAAGGAGAUAGGAGGGCUGAAGGGGGAAUUGGAGAAGCAGAGGCAAGUGUGACAGGGGUUGAGGGAGAAGAUGCAGGAGCAGAGUGAGCAGGUUGAAGAGUUUAAAAAAUAAAUCUCAAGAAGACUCUGCCAAAAUUCUUGAAAACCUGCGAUUAGAAAAUGAAUCUCUCAAAUCCCAACUUAAAAAUCCUCUCCGAAACAACAAUAAUGAAGGAGAAUUUUUGAAAGAGAAUCAAAUACUUAAAAACCAAGUACAACUUCAGCGUAAAAUAAUUCAAAAAUUACAAGCACAAGUUCAAAAUAUGGGGAUUGAACUAGACCAAGAGAGACUAAUCAGUCGCUCAAUAAGCAGAGGUCGUAAAAAAGACACGUCAAGGUCUGCCAAGCCUGACUCUCUGAAACUAACUUCAGCAAGAUCUAUGAAGAAGAGAGAGAAAUUUAGCAACGCUAAAUCCAAUAGUUUACAACACUCAGCCUCUAAAAUCAGGAAACUCAAGAGUUCCAAGAAGGUCCGUGACUGAUAUAAGCCUGUACGGAUGGAUAAUAUCCCCACUCAAAAGGCAUACCCAAAGACUAGGAUGGAUCCCAGCUCAAAGAAGAAAUCUAAGAGGAAGAAGAUUACAACGUUGAAGUCUAAGCUACAGAAGAAAGCUCCACUCCCCGUUCCUCGAGGUAGCAACAAUAACUUAUCUGAGCUAGAUGCAAAGCCCAGGAAAUUGCAUUAUAAGGUUAAAGAUAUGAAUAAGGAUGGGCUGACAGACCCAGAGAGAUCUCUGCAUACAGUAUAUGAGGACCCCCAUACCAUUGAUAUUCACACCCAUAAUUUUCUGGAUUCUAUAUAA